GUGCACGCGCCCGAGGAGGGGAGGGGAAGAGGGGGCAGGAGGACGGCGCGUGUCCGUCCUCCUCAGGUUCCAACUCCCCCGCCCCUCUGCCCCAGACUGGGUACAUCUUCCUCUGUCUCUGCUGCCGCCGCGCGCUCGCGGACACAGACUCUUGCAAACCUGAUGCCCUCUGUGGAUAAAAGAUGUAUCAUGGAAUGAACCCGAGCAGUGGAGAUGCAUUUCUAGAGCAGCAGCAGCAGCAGCAGCAGCAGCAGCAGCCCCAGCAUCAGUUCCCCCCGAGACUCUUCGCAGUGGUUUUGUGGUUUCAGCUAGCGCUGUGCUUUGGCCCUGCACAGCUCACGGGUGACACUGCGAAUACAGGAAAAAAAUUGACGGUUCUAGCCCUCAAGGGAGCUCACGUUUCUAUCAGAGGAGACGGGUUUGAUGAUCUCCGUGCUUGUGCUGACCCAGGAAUCCCAGACUAUGGCUCUCGAACCCCCAGUGGAAGCGUUUUCUUUGAAGAUUCCGUAGCCCGAUUUCACUGCCAAGAAGGCUACAAGCUUAGGGGCCCACCAAGGAGACUGUGUAUGAAACACUUGAAUGGUUCCCUAGGCUGGAUACCGACUGAUACACCGGUGUGCCUACCAGAAGGUCCAGAUUGCCGCCUUCCUUACAUUGAAGAUGCUGAUAUUGGUAAUAAGACAUACAAACAUGGGGACAAGUUGAUAAUCAGCUGUCAUGAAGGAUUCAAGAUUCGAUAUCCUGACUUGUACAACAUGGUGUCAACAUGUCGCAGCGAUGGAUCAUGGGAUAAUCUGCCCAUUUGUCAAGGUUGCCUGAGACCCCUGGCUUCUGCUAAUGGUUACGUCAACAUGUCUGAGUACCAGUCCAACUUCCCCGUGGGGGCAGUGAUUGCCUACCACUGCUUCCCAGGAUUCAAACUAGAGGGGUCAGAGUAUCUCGAGUGCUUAUAUAACCUUAUCUGGUCAUAUAGUCCACCCAGGUGCCUUGCUUUAGAAGUAUGUCCACUUCCACCUAUUGUGAGUCACGGAGACUAUAUCUGCCAUCCAAGGCCUUGUGAUCGUUUCAGUCAUGGAACUGUGAUUGAGUUCUAUUGUGAUCCUGGUUACAGCCUCACCAGUGACUACAAGUAUAUCACUUGCCAGUAUGGAGAAUGGUUUCCUUCCUAUCAAGUCUUCUGCAUAAAAUCAGAGCAAAUUUGGCCCAAUCCCCACGAGACCCUACUGACAACAUGGAAAAUAGUGGCGUUCACAGCAACCAGUGUCCUUCUGGUGCUUCUGUUGGUCAUUCUUGCCAGGAUGUUCCAGACCAAAUUCAAGACACAUUUCCUUCCCAGGGGCCUCUCAGGGAGCUCCAGCAGUGACCCUGACUUUGUGGUGGUGGAUGGGGUGCCCGUCAUGUUGCCUUCCUACGAUGAAGCUGUGAGCAGCAGCUUGAACGCUUUAGCCCCAGGAUACUUGUCUUCUGUGGGCCAGGGCUGCCCCAUGCCAGCAGAGGAUCAGAGCCCGCCAGCAUACCCUGGCUCAGGGGACAUAGACACAUUGCCAGGGGAGGGUGAAACCUGUGACGGCGUAUCAGGCUCUUCAGAGCUGCUCCAGAGUUUGUAUUCUCCGUCGAUGUGCCAAGCAGGAGCACGGCCCGUUUCAGAAAGAACAGAUGCAUUGGACAGCACCACUGCAGAGGAAGUGUCUACCAGCCCAAGUGUUGAUAUUGCUGAUGGGCCCACAGCUGGGUCCCAGAUCAACCCACUCGGGGCAAAGUUAACUCCAACCGCCCCACGUCCUCGCCAUAGCUUCUUUGCUCACGACAGUUCCAGCUGGCAAUGUGGGAAUGUGGGGUGUUUAAUUCAUGCCUCUCCCCAGUUCCACCGGUAUCCUGGCGGACCACAAGGGAGCUCCCAGUGAGAAACUUCCCCUACCAAUGCAGAAAUCCCACUGAUGGAGGAAGAACCUUAGCCUGAUCAAAAUGUUUAUUAUUCGAUUGCACCUUUGGGAGAGGAAAUCAUGCACUCUAGGGGGUGGGGUGUAAAUGCAGAGAUUUUGGGGAUCGGGGAGAGGUCUUUGUUUUUCCUAUUUAUCCUCAAGGCAACAGCACCUGACUUUGUGCACCUCGGAUACAGCAGUGGAGUUGCCUACCUCAAGAGUGAUGGUUCUUUCACAUGAGACUUGGGGAUUUUGCCAAUGCCAAUAGUCCAAGAUGGGAAGGGGGAACCCUUGCAAGUUCUUGGAUUAAGAUAAUUGAUGUAUCUCCAUGUUGAGGGAAGUUGAACAGUUCCAUACAAAUCCUACUGAAUUACACAUCCCAUUGAAUUAUUGUUAUGAGUAAUAUCUGCCUCCUCUGAAAGCAUGUCAUACUAUGUAAAUUUGCUUCUAAAACCUGCUUUGUGCAAUCUCUGGAUUCCGGUUUAGGCUGAAUCAGUCUAAAGAAAAAGAAUCUGUAUUGGUCUACUGAAAGCAGAACUGAUCCCCUUUCCACAUUCAGAAAGAAAUGGGUUUCUAAAGGGAAUAUCUUUCCUUGGUUCUUGGACAGUUUUCUUCAUUGUGGAUAAUUUCUGUCCCAAAUAAGGCUGAAGAUAAAGGACAUUCAGUAAUUUGGAUGUGGCAAAUUAAUAGCCAGCCACCCCAUACUCUCAAAAGAAAGACUUGCAGCCAGACUGGGCUCUCUGGAGAUUUCUUUAUUCUGUAGGUGAAGUAGGCCUUCUGUCCUAUAGACCAUCCAAGGUGAAGUGUUGGUAUUUAUAUUUAUGGAACACGAAUAUGAAUCCAUUGCAUUUGCUAAACCCUGUUAUUUUCCAGAUGGCCAAAAAAGUGUUGGAAUACCAGUCUCAUGAUGGAGGAAGUAUUCAAAAGGAUGCUUUGUUGAAACAUUUUUUAAAGAAAAAAAAAUACCCUUUACCUGUUGUUUGUA